AUGGCUCUGGCAAACUUUACUGUGGCUACUAGCGGUGUUGCCACUCCGGCACUCCCACCAACAACCGCAGCUCCUUUCCGAGUAGAUCUGGAUGAUCUGCUAUACUCCCCCGAAGAACAACAGGCUGGAUAUGCCCCUCAUUACGGUGGCAACGAACCAUUCACACCCCCUAAUUUACAACAGCACAGAAAGUCUAAAGUUCGAAAACGUGCUGGUACUGCAUACCUUCCGCCACCAAAUCAAUUCACGCAUUAUCCACGACAAGAUAACAUACCUCAGAAUCCUUUCAAUAGUCCACUACACUCACAAAUCUAUCAACAAAAUACAAGGCUUGGCAUUCCAAUAGAGAACCAACGAGUUCAUGAUAUAAAUUCUCAGUACGAUAAUAAUGGACAGUACGUACAUGAUCCAACUGGUGACUAUGAUUACGAACAAAAAAGAACUGAUAAAAAUAUGCCAAAUCUUGCCACUUACAAUCCGGGAUACGUGGACCUACCUUACGCACCAGCUUCAACGCAGAGUCCUUUAUCUAGUCGAAGGUUUGAGAAUAUACCAAACCAAAAUACAAAUACUAAUGUUCCGAGUAUAACAACGUCACCUCAAAAUUCUCGAAAGCCAACUGAUGCUGGGUCUAACACUAGUGGUAGCAAUACCAAUACACAGUUACCUCCGGACCGUCCUCGAGGUUUUACUAAAGUGGAAACAGGAGGCUCGGGCGGCAAAACUCAAUUGCACGCUAUUUUGGAUUACGACGACGAUUACUAUGAAGAUGUUCCUGGUUCAGAUGUAGGACAAGCAGUGACCCCGCUGCAAGGGCCGAUAUUAUUACGUAACGGAACCGUUCCUGUUGUUCCCCUUACCUCCUAUCCCACAGUCAACAAUGGAUCAUUUUACCAAAUACCUAUCCUGUGGACCGCCCUGUCUCUAGCCUUGGGGUACGAGCUCCAAGGUCAAGUGAUUAGAGGAGUGCCGUGCGUCAAAAGAAACUUUCAACUCUAUUGUCCAACCGCUGGCAACACCUAUCCUUUAGAUAAGAUCGAAACAUUUAUAGAUGAAAACAAAGCUUUAAUAAAGCGAAUGUACGGUUCAUUCACGGUUCCGGGCGGAAAUAGAGUGAGAAGGGCGCCAGGGGUUCCCGAUAUGCACUCCGGGGACUCCUAUUUCCGACAUAUAAGACAGACCAAACCGAAACUACCAGAUACACAACCGGUUAAUAACACAGGAAGGAUAGAUGCUUGUGAAAGUAAAACUGAAAUAAUGACCCCGUACUGGGCUUUGAACUCUGCGAGGAAAGUUCGAGCGAUUGUUAACACGAUGCACUUCGAACAGGCCAUACACCAGGAGGUUUGCAGCAAAAAGUCAACAUCAAGAUGUUCGGGGGAUUGUGGUUGCGAACAGAAAUACAAGUGGCAUAGACUUCUCGCCUACGAUCCUAAUGAUGACUGUGCCGGCAUAUUCAUGGACUGGUUUUUAUUCCCCUCCUGUUGUGUUUGUAGGUGUAAACCCUAA